UUCAAAUCACUCUUUUUCUCUUUCUCUCCCUUUUCUAUCCCUUUUCUGUCUCACUUUUCUUAAGAAACUCUGAAAUCAAUCAAUCAACGCUCAAAAUUUCACUCAUCAACGAAGAAGAUGAAGACAAAGACGCCGUUGAAGCAGCUCAAACUUUCUGUUCCUGCUCAACAAACACCCAUCACUUCAUUCCUGACUGCAAGUGGUACAUUCCAUGAUGGAGAUCUACUCUUGAACCAGAAAGGGAUGCGUCUCAUUUCUGAAGAAAAGGAAUCAAGGCCUUCAGAUGCUAAGGAUCUCGACUUUGACUUCACAUUGGACGACCUUGAGACCGUCAAAGUAAUCGGAAAAGGCAGCGGUGGUGUUGUGCAGCUUGUUCGCCAUAAGUGGCUUGGAAACUUGUUUGCUUUAAAGGCCAUUCAGAUGAAUGUACAAGAGGAUAUUCGGAAACAGAUUGUUCAGGAACUGAAAAUAAACCAAGCAUCACAGUGUCCACAUGUUGUAGUUUGCUAUCACUCAUUCUAUAAUAAUGGAGUUAUAUCUCUUGUAUUAGAAUACAUGGACCGUGGUUCUCUCGUAGAUGUAAUCAGACAAGUUAAUACAAUUCUGGAACCAUAUCUUGCUGUUGUUUGUAAGCAGGUGUUACAGGGUCUUGUUUACUUGCACAAUGAAAGACAUGUGAUACACAGGGACAUCAAACCAUCCAAUCUUUUAGUAAAUCACAAAGGGGAAGUGAAGAUUACUGAUUUUGGCGUUAGUGCUAUGCUGGCAAGCACAAUGGGCCAAAGAGAUACAUUUGUUGGAACUUAUAAUUACAUGUCGCCAGAAAGAAUCAGUGGGAGUACUUAUGAUUACAGCUGUGACAUCUGGAGUUUAGGGAUGGUAGUACUCGAGUGUGCCAUAGGACGGUUUCCUUAUAUACAAUCUGAAGAUCAGCAAGCAUGGCCUAGUUUCUAUGAGCUUUUGCAAGCAAUUGUCGAAAGUCCUCCACCUUCUGCUCCUCCUGAUCAAUUCUCUCCUGAGUUCUGUUCAUUUGUGUCAUCCUGCAUAAAAAAGGAUCCUCGCGAAAGAUCAACAUCAUUGGAGCUUUUGGAUCAUCCUUUCAUAAAAAAGUUUGAAGAUAAAGAUCUAGAUCUUGGAAUUUUAGUAGGUGGUUUGGAACCUCCUGUAAAUUUUGCUAGAUAAUUUUCAUAAGAUAUAUGAUGUAAAAUUUGUACUUGACUAUGAUAACCUUUCUAAGCAAAAUUUCUCCUCGUCAUUAGUGUUAUUUUAGAAAUUAUAAUAUAUAAAAUAUACUAGUCUA